GGAGACACUUAGGACAGCUCUUGCCAUGGGACUGGACAGGGGCAUACAUGUGGAGAUCAGUGGCAAGGAUUACGAGACUUUACAGCCAUUCCAUGUGUCUAAAAUGCUGGCCAAGAUAGCGGAAGAAGAGAAAGUGGAUAUUAUCUUCUUAGGAAAACAGGCUAUUGACGACGACUGCAAUCAGACAGGACAGAUGACAGCAGCGCUAUUAGACUGGCCACAGGCAACUUUUGCAUCGAAAAUAGAAAAAAAUAAUGGCGAUCUAAUGGUUACCAGGGAAAUAGAUGGGGGUCUGGAGACCAUCAAUGUAAAGCUUCCCUGUGUAAUUACCUCUGAUCUACGCCUCAAUGAACCAAGAUAUGCAACUCUUCCAAAUAUUAUGAAAGCCAAGAAGAAACCAAUAGCCAAAAAAUCCCCGGCAGAUCUUGGGGUGGACGUCUCACCCCGGCAGGAGGUGUUAAGUGUAGAGGACCCCCCAGUAAGAGAGGCUGGGUCCAUAGUACAAGAUGUAGAUGAAUUGGUGAGCAAGCUAAAGGCAGCAGGAGUAGUCUAGGUUCAAUGGGUAAAAAAAAUCAAGAAUUAAAAAAAAAAGUGAAGAAGAAUUCGUGGUUUGAUGAGUUUUCCAGCAGAUUGAUAGCUCAAAUUCAGAACACUGUUGGUCAUAGAAAUCCAAGAACUGAAGAGAUGCAGCUUGCCAGAUUUCACUUAUCAGUUUUUACAAUUUCUUAAUUGGCAGAAUACCAAAUCAGAUGAAUAUUUCUCUGUCUCAUUGGGCUGAUAUUUACUAUAUUAAAUGAAAUCAGUAGCUUAAGGGAAGCUGAACUCUUGCACAAUCGCCUUCAUGUUUAAAACAAAAAUUUAAGUUUGUAAUACUUAAGUCAACAUAAUUAUCACAACUAAAACUCUGACAGUUCACAAAUUUGAGUAUUUUUGUUAUUACAUGUGUAUUGGUAAAAACAGUUGGAGAAGACGUUUGAUGUAAAAACAUUUUGACAGUU